AUGGACAGUGGAGACCAGUGGAUCUUUGGGAACGUUCCUGGUAUCCCAAGACAGUUAGAGGGAGUCUUUGACAGAUCUGUGUGGGGGAUUGACUCCGACUGUGUAGUCUUUAAAUCUACAUUAAAGGAAUGUGUAGAAAAGCUGGAUCGGUCCAGCAAGUCUGGCCUGGAAAUCACCUGCUCAGACUCUGUCAGACUGGUGAACGGGACUGAUCUGUGUUCAGGCAGACUGGAGGUGAAGUCUGGACAGCGGUGGUCCCCAGUGUGUGAAGAGGACUUGGACCUGCAGGGUGCUCAGGUGGUCUGUAGGGAGCUCAGCUGUGGGGCUCCUUCAGUCUUCAAGGGGGGAAUGUUUGGAGAAGUAGAUGCUCCAUUCUGGAGUAAGAAGUUCCAGUGUGAAGGCCACGAGUCUGCUCUCCUGAACUGUCCAAACUCAGGGUUGACUGGAAACACCUGUCCACCUGCCAGAGCUGUUGGGCUCAUCUGCUCAGACCCUGCUGAGGUCCGGUUGGUGGGAGGAUACAGCAACUGCUCUGGUAGAUUAGAGUUAAAAAAUGAUGGACAGUGGAGACCAGUGGAUCUUUGGUACCCUUCCUGGAAUCUAAAGGGUACAACUUUGAUUUGUAGAAGACUCGACUGUGGCUCCGCUGUUUCGACUAGACGGAUAAAGGCAUCCUCUGACAGAGCUGUGUGGGGGAUCGACUCUGAUUGUUUAAACUUUAAAUCUACAUUAAAGGAAUGUACUGAAACAUUGAAUAAGACCAGCGAGUAUGGCCUGGAAAUCACCUGCUCAGACUCUGUCAGACUGGUGAAUGAGGCUGGUCUUUGUUCAGGCAGACUGGAGGUGAAGUCUGACCAGCGGUGGUCCCCAGUGUGUGAAGAGGACUUGGACCUGCAGAGUGCACAGGUGGUCUGUAGAGAGAUUGGCUGUGGGGCUCCCUUAUUUAUCCAGGGGAAAAUGAUUGGACUCUCGACCAAAGACUUCCAGUGUAAAGGUAACAAGUCUGCUGUCCUGGACUGUGGAGGAUCUAGCCCAGCUAGAAACACUUGUUCACCUGGUAAAGCUGUUGAACUCUUCUGUGCAAAUCCAGAUUUAGAUCCAGAUUAUGCCAGGUUGGUGGGAGAGCCCAGCCAGUGUGCAGGAACACUGAAGGUGAAACACAGGGAGGAGUGGCGACCUUUGGUAUGGUGGGGUUCUGGCUGGGACCAGAGGUCUGCAGCUGUAGUGUGUAAACUGAUGAAAUGUGGUUCUGCUGUUUCAACAAGAGAAGUGAAACACAGUGAUGAAAAACCGUCAUGGUCAAUCAGUUCUUCCUGUGUCCGGACAGUGUCUUCUCUGUUCCAGUGUUUAUGGAAUGGAGUUGAUAACAGCCACUUGGGCCUUGAGGUGAUCUGCUCAGAUUUGCUUGAAAAGCCAAACAUCGCCUUCUCUUUCUCCAUUGAUGGGGCCUCCGAGGCCACACCGCAGGGCUACCAGGUCCUCAUUGGUACUAGCUUCAACAUCACAUGCUCCAUCAAGCCUCAGUAUGAAGGAGGAUAUUUCAAGCUCAUCUUCUCUGACUCCAUCACAACCCAGAGCUACACCCUGACAGCUGUCAACCAUUCUGCCUAUUUCCUGUUUCCUCCUGCAAACCAGACCCACAGAGGACAGUACAGCUGUGUUUAUCACCUCCAUGUUCUCUCCCAUCACUUCUCCUCAAAGAGCCAGACUCUCUCUCUCACUGUUGGAGCCCCCCUGAUAGACUUGAUCAUCAGAUGUGUUGUCCUGCUUGGUGGCCUGCUGAUAAACAACACUGCCCUCUACUGCUACUACAAGGUCACAACAAGACAGAUUCCCAGGGACUACUGAUGUUGUUUUCUUGAUGACUGCCUGUUGUCUCAGUGAAGACGGUGGAGCCAGGGACGUUUUUGUUUGUAAUAUGUUGACAUCGUAGGUAUCUGUGGGGACCUCAAAGGGGAUCCUCUCAGACAUACACUGUCACAUUAUCUAAAAUUUGAGUUUUGGGCUUUUUAUCGCAAUGUGAGAAACUUUUUUUCAGUACAAGGAUAAAACAAGACAAAUCUUGCUCAGACAGGCAGAAAGGAGCCUUAUUCUUAUAAAAAUGUUGAUAUUUCCUUUUGAGAUAUGUUCUUUUCUUCACAGUGAAGCAGUUACUGAUUUCUUUACACCAUAUUUGCAUGAUAAGACCACUGAAUGCUUCCCUAGGACUUAACGUCUAAAGAGAUUAUUUUUUUUUUACUUCUGGAUCAAAACUGGGCUUUAUUUCAAGCAUUUUUCAAAAAUAUUUGUUAAAACAAGAGCCCAAAGGGUUCCAUCUAUUUCCUAUCCUACACGUAGAGAACAAUUAGUGCUGUUCGGCUUCUUAUAUUCUAUACAAAUAUCUGUAAAAUAUCAAUAAACUCAUCAUCUGGCUGCUUUCAAUACUGCAAACAUUUAACCUUUAAAUAAUUAUCUUUCAUUGGCCACAGCUCUAGGUGACUUCAAACUUGAUUUGAAGUAUAGAUAAUGGAUAAAUAGAAUGAUAUUUUCUCUUUAUUCCUCAAAUAUCAGCUUCAAAUUCAAAAUGAGAUUGUCUGUCAACACUUUUAAGUACUUCACUGUACACCAUGCAGGGGUAAUGGCUGUGUCUGCUGUUGUCUGCUGACUGUGACAGCAGCAGAGAUAGCGGAUAAAAAAUAAGUCAGCUGCUGAUAAAGGCACCUAAAUCACAUGAUUUUAAGUUUUUUUGGAUUUCACAUCUUACAGCGUUUACAUUAUCUUAUAUCCAUUUAAGAAAUAGAGAAAAACUUUGACCUUCCCCUUUCUGUUGUGUAAUAUAACUGUAUUCUACUCGCUAAUUAGCUUAAUACUUUAUCAGCUGCAUUUUACUUGUUUUUGUGUAAAAGCAGUU